AUGGCUGCAGAGGAUGCACCCGACAAAGCGGGAAUUUCUAUAUUAGAGAUUCCCAAGCAAGAUUUUUUUCAAGAAGCAAAAACUCUCAUUGCUCAACAUCAUAAGAAAAUAAAUGAGAAUAAAGUUCCAAGUACUUCUAUAAAUGUCUUCAGAAAUAAGCAUCAGAAACCAAAAUCUACCAAAUUCAUACCUUUGGAGAUAAAAAAAAAGGAAACACUUGAUGCGGUCCAAGAACUUCAGGCAGUAUACAAAAGGAUUUGUUUUCCCAAGGACCGUUCCAAAAGUAGACCUUCUGAGGAGCUUCCACAACGGACUGCUUUCCAUGAGCCACACAUUUUUAAUAUAAAAAAGAAACACAAGGAGCCUAUAGAUCUAAUUGUGAAAGAACAAGUUAAACUGGAUAAAAUAGUGACUAAUAUUGAAUCAGUGAGUAAAAAAAUGGAGAAAGAAAAACAAUUGCACCAUGGGAAGACCAGAAGCAGGGUGUUAAAGUUGACAUUUCCUCCUCCAAUCCACAUGUACUCAUCUCCUGGCUUUAGUAAUUAUGAACUCACGGUCAGCCCUGACAGGACACUCUAUGAUUGGAGAGGAUCUGUGUCAAAAAGGUUCUCCCGUUUGACUCAUGAUUCCAGUUGGCCUAGUUUCUCUGGAUCAUCAUUAGCGUUUCAGGAUUAUUCUAGUAAAAACUUUAUUAAAAAAGAACAACAAUCUGUAAAGCCAGAGUCAAAGCCACAACCCAGCCCCAAAUCCAUUCUUAGUAAAAGUGAUAAAACUGACAAUAAAGUUAAAAGAAUUGGACCACACAUAGAGAUCUUCCAAGUGUUCCGGGGAAGAAAAAAAUUUGCAAUAACCAAAAACAUAGUUAAAAUGGUCACCAUCGUGCAGGCACUUGUCAGAGGGUGGCUCGAACGCAAAAGAUUCCAAAGAAUAAUGGCCAAGGCUUUCUAUCAUGGACCAGAUUUGAGGACAGUUAUAAAUAUGUACUGCAGACAAAUCCAUCGUGUUAAAUAUCGACUUGGUCUUUGGAGGACAAGACAAAUUAUAAACCUCACAGAGUUGGAGGAAUGGAUGGACAGAAAAAAAUUCUAUGAAACAAUGUUUUCUAAAAGAGAAGAUUGGCAAGGAUUAGCAAGAAGUGAACUCCUUAAGUAUUUCAACGAUUGUGGUCAUUUCCCAACCCACCAGCAAAUUGAUGAGGUUUGGGACCUGGUCCAUAGAGAAGACCGUGAAAAAUACUCUGGUAUCAUCAAGAAGCACAAUGCAAUUGAAAUGUUAUUUACACUUUACCCUCCUCAAGGUGCUCAUGUGUCUACUAAUUUGAGGCUUAGGUCAACUUGGCUGAGACCCAUUGUAAAUGGGGAAGAAGGAUAUAAGUAUAUAGUAAGUGGGCAUCCAGUACUCAAAAGAGCUAACAUCCGGAUUGUUGGAAAGCUGGUGGCCGCAUCUAUAAGAGAAAGGAAAAUGAGACAAUGGUAUUCAUCAUGAGAAGUAAGAUAG